AUGAACGGCGCCCUCGUCGACCCGGCCCAAUGCUUCUCCCACCUCGUCGAACACAUUCCCUUAUGGUUGACUCGAGUCACCGAACUGGCCUCUCACACCGCAGCCAAACACGCCGAGUUUGCGGCGGAAUACACCCGCAUAUCCAAGUUGAAGCCCCGGCAGCGAAGACGGCGAAACAGCUCACUCAAUACUAACAAAGGAGAAGACGACCAGCGCUCAGUAAACUCCAGAACCAAACCAUCCUCCGGCUCUACCUACAGGCACCUUGACGCCCAAGAUCCGUUCCGGGAUCCCAUGAUAUUUAAACGACUCACCCGUCAGAACAACCAAGAUGCCUUGAACAGGAAACGAAAACAACAAGACAGCGCUUCUUCUACCCCUUCGGACCCUGACAGCUGUCUAGCCCGCCGUGUCCGCCAGCAGGUUGUUAUACAUUAUGAUUCUCAGACGCAGACAGUACUUGAACUGCUCGUUCGUGACAUAGGCGGCGCCCGUAACCAAAUCCGAAAGGGACGCAUGAACUACAUGAUGAAAGUUGACUUUAGCCGUCGAGCUUUCCCUUCCCACAUAUUUCCGACCGGCAGCCCAGACGAUGACGAAAACACCCUCGUCCUACCCCAUCACGCAUCCUUUAGAAGGUCUAGAAGUACACAGUUUGAUCCGAAACACGGCACCAACGGGACAGCCACUAAAACUACGACACCUUCGAAACAGACGGCUUCUGCCUUUGACUUAACAGACAAGCAGCUAGAGAUUGCUCAGAGUUUAUGUGAGACGGCAGCCCACCAAUUCCUACGAAACGGAGACUGCUCCAAAGAGCUGAGCAAGACUUUAGAGCGACUUAAUGCUGCGCUGGAAAUGGCGAAGGCAGAAGUGACCCGACUCAAGGCUGAGAAGGAAGCGGAGAAGCUACGCCAGCAGGCUGAGGAAGAGGAACAGGAAAGCAAAAGUGACCGCACGGUCGUUGAAACGGUUGGACCUGCAGAUGCCGACAUACAGAUGCAAGCCGACACCCUCCAACCUGUGAACAUGAAAGUGGACAUGAAUUUGAAGGGGGACAUUAAAGCGCCACCGGAGAUGAUGGGGGCUAUCGAGGUGGACGACGGAUCAUCGACAUCCUCGAUAUCCAUCGACCUAGCCGCAUUUCGACGACGGAGGUUCAAAGCGUGA